AUGGUGGUGUGGACGACUCUUCAGGACAAGGAUGGGAACGAUGUUACGGCUCUUGCCACCGUCAGAACUACAACCAAUGGCGUGGUCGUCCAGUCUACUGGAGAGGCUGCUCUUCAAGUGAACAAGGACGUCCCAAACCACACUCUCUUUCGUGUCUUCAUUGACGGGCACCAGAUCAAUUUCGAGGGCAACGCGACCAGAGCCGUCACUUAUUACGCCGAGCUACCCAUGGAAAAGCGAUGGGAGCUGACUAAGCGUCCUGUUCUUACCCGUAACAGUGGUGGACGACGCGUCUAUAUGCUCUGGAUGGAGUUUCAUGCAAACAAUGGAGUCAACGUUGGCAUGACCAAGCUUCAGCUCUCCAUUCCUCUUGUGACCGGCAAUUCAACCAAAGCCCAGCGUUUUGGUGAAGCUCUCACUUAUGCGGAUCAAGUGCGUCGUGAAGAGUGUCACCCUUAG